UAAUGAUUAGAGCUGUAAUUUUGUUAGGUGGUCCAAGCAGAAAAGCAAGCUAUGGAACAUAUGAAUAAGCAUCUCCAUUAUUUCCAGUUAGUGGAAUUGAAAUAAUUGGUCAUCUAAUAAAUGCAAUAUAGAAAUUACCAAAUUUGAAAGAUUUUGUUCUUAUGGGUUAUUAUGAUAAAAAGUGUUUCUAACAUUUUUAAGAAAAGUACUAAAAAUUGUAUGGCAAAAAUAUACAUUACAUAUAAGAAUAAAGUGAAAUGGGAACAGCAGGUGGAUUAGCAUAAAAUAUAGAAGAAUUAUUUGAUGAAAUUGAGGGUAUUAUAAACAAAAUAACACUAAGAUCUUUUGGUAGUGCAUUCAGAUAUAUGUUGUGAUUUGUAAGCCUAGAAAUUCUAUGAUUAUCAUAAGAUGUAAAUUAUAUUGAAUAAUAAAAAUUAGGAAAUCUGGUUAAUGCAGUAUGAUGACUAUUAGAGUAUCAAAAGAAGAAUCGACUCGUUAUGGAUGUUUAAUUAAGGAUUGUAAUACAGAUUAAUUAAUUCAUCAUGCAGAGAAACCAGAAUAAUAUAUUUCAAAUUUAGUUAAUUGUGGAGUAUACUUCUUUAAUUAAUCAUUCAAAACAACAAUUUUGAAUGUUAAAGCAAAAAAAGAAGCUAAUUUAAGUGAAGAACUUUAAGAUUAACCAUAUAUUAAGUAUAUAAAAAGAAGUACUGAUUUGGAUAAAUCCUACUUAUCUUUAGAAAAUGAUGUAUUAAAAUGGAUAGAAAAAGAUAAAGUUUUUGUUUAUGAACACAAAGGUUUUUGGUAAUCAAUAAAAUCAACAAGUGAUCUUUUAAAUUCAAAUAAACUUCUACUUCAAUAUUAUGGACAAAAUCCUUUUUUAUUUAAUUGUGCUGAUUUUGAAAUUAAUUAUGAUGGAGUAUUGAUUCAUAAGAGUGCUAAAAUUCAUCCAUCAGCAAAAUUAGGUAGUAAUGUAGUUAUAGGUGCUGGAUGUGAUAUUGGAGAGGGAGUUCGUAUAAAGAAUUCAAUUCUAUUAGAUGGUGUUGAAAUCAAAGUAAUUAUCAUUCCAAAUUAUAGAAUUUCUCAUUUAUUUAAAAUUCAAUAAUCUGCUACAAUACAAUUAUAGGAUAUUGGUGUAGAGUUGAAGGAGAUGUUUAAUUUUUAGGGCCAUGUGUGAUAGUGGAUAAUGAAUUAUUUUUAAGGAAUGUAAUAUGUCUCCAAAAUUGCAGAGUGUCUGAAAGCAAAGAUGGUGGCUGUUUGAUGUGA